AUGGACGGAGUUGACAAUGUUGAAAAAUUUGAUGAAGGUGUGAAAAGCAUUCGCGAGAAACUCCAUGCUGCCCCUUUGCCAAUUCAGUUUCCUAUUGGUGCUGGCAAAGAAUUAGAAGGAAUAGUUGACAUAGUGGAACAAAAAGCUCAUUAUUUUCAAUUAGGUCACAAGGAAGAAAAGUAUCAAACUAAGGAAAUUCCGCCUAAUUUAUUAGAAAAAACUAAAAAAUAUCGGCAAGAAUUAAUCGAAAGAAUAAUCGAACAAGACGAAGAAUUAAUGACUAAAUAUUUAGAUG